AUGAUUCAAUUUAAUUGUGAUGGUUCACUUUCGACAACUACAAAAUGGAUAAUAAAGAAUUGUACUUCAACUAGUUGUUCAGUUGAAAUUCUAUUAAAUGAAAAAGUUAUAACAACAUUUAGUGAACUUUAUAUUCCAUCAAGAACUCUUGAUUAUGGUGUUUAUCAACUAACAUUAACUGUAACAAUGAUUGAUUCACCAAAUUUAAAAUCAUCAUCUUCAGUUUAUGUAAGAAUAACUGCAACAGGUAUAACAGCAAAUCUUGUUCAAUUAGGAACAUCUAUGAUAACACGAGGUGAUCAACAAGAUCUUUUACUUGAUCCUGGAACAUUUUCGGUUGAUCCUGACGAAGAUACAUUUGAUGCAACUAAAUGGAAAUAUACAUAUUAUUGUCGAAUUUAUGAAUUACAUAAUUUUCCAAAUAUACAAGGAAUAUUAUUAUCAAUCGAUGAUUCAAGAGUUGAUCCUUAUAAUCCAUCAUGUUUGUCAAAUCGAUCAGGAAAUGGAACAGGAUUGGUAUUCGGAAAUCUAACUUCAUCACCUAAUUCAUCUCUAACAGUUCUCAGUGGUUCACUUCAACUAAAUCAAAUCUAUCAAUUUAUGGUCUACAUGGAGAAUCGUAAAAAUUCUUCUAUUCAAGCAACAGGUUAUGUACUUGUUACAAUUGAAAUUACUCAUCCACAACUGAUUGCUGUUGGUUGUGUAAUAUCACCAAUGUGUGUUCCAAAUCUUGAAUUUCAACUUCUUAAUCCAACAACACAAGUUGCUUUAUUUACUGUGUGUAUUGGAACUUGUACAAAUCUUCAAAGUAUUAAAUGGAAUAUUUAUCAAGGAUCAGACAAUUCAACAUCUUCAAAUUCUACUCAAUGGACUUUAUUUAAUCAAACACGUUCAUAUGAAAAUAUUUGGUUUUUUUGGUACAAAUACAAUCUUUGGCGUUUUGAAGUUGUUUAUACAUUUCUAUCCGCAAUAAGUACAAGUGCAUUGAAUUUUAUUAUUAAUCAACCACCUGCAAAUGGUUCAUGUUCAAUCGAUCCUCUUGGUGGUACUAUAACUACUUUAUUUACUAUUGAGUGUCCAGAUUGGUAUGAUGUAGAUGGAAUACAAGAUUAUUCGUUAUAUGCAUGGACAACAGACAUAUCACAACGAACAAUAAUUGCAUUUUCACCAGAAGAUAAUUUUCAAGUUCGAUUACCAGCUGGUGAUAAUAAAACUUCAUUACUCAAUCUUGUUGUUUAUGUUCGAGAUCUUGCCGGUUCUAUUACACAAGUGAAUAUAUCUUCUGUUAAUAUUAUUGCAGAUUUGGCAACAAUCAAUGAUUUAAUUGAUGAAGUAACAAAUUUAUCGAGUACGAUAACAAAUAAUCCUAUUGUUCGAUUACUUUCAAGUGGAAAUCAAAAUAUUGUUGGACAAAUGAUCAUUUCAUUAUCACAAGAAUUCAAUCAAAUGAAUAAUGACAAUUUAGAUAAAGCUAUUUCAAGUGGAAUACCAGCUGCAACAGUUUUAGUAUCAUCAUUAGGAAGUUCAAGUUUACAACAAAUUUCAAUACCAUUGAAUGAAUCAGCAUUGAUUAAUUAUAAUAUACAAAUAAAUUCUCUAGCAAAUGUUCGAGAUUACUUAGUAACAUUUAUAACUAAUCUUCUCAUAACAACAUCAAAUAGUAUUAUAUUACAAUCAUCAUCAUUAGUUCAAUUAACUCAAUCAACAAAUCAAUUAACACGAAAUACUUUAUUGCUCGUAUCAAAUAGAUGUUAUGAAUUAUCUGCUGCAUUGUAUUCAAUGUUUGAAAAAAUCUCCUAUGAAGAUGCUCAAUCAGCAUCAAAUCAACUUUUUCAAUGUGCUUCAAAUAUUUUAAAUGCUGUGAAUGGACCAUUACAAGGACGAACAGAGGUACUUGAUUUAGAUAAUUCCCGUGCAAAUGUCAUAUCUACUGAUUAUGAUACUGAUCUUGAAUCUGCAUGGUCAAAUUUAAAUUUAUUUUCUGAUGGAAAUGAUUUUUCUACUGAAACAAUUGAAAAAAAUCGAAAUAUUUAUUAUCAAAAACAAUUAGCAAAUCAAAUCAAUAGUCAAGUAACACAAAUGAUAUCAUUACUAACUUCUUCAUUAAAUAUUCAUUUAAAUAUUGGUCAAAGUUCACUAAUGAAUACAUCUCAAUCAUUUAUAUCAUUAGAAACUAUAUCAACUGAAUCACUCAAAGAUAGACUUGUGAAACAAGUUGAAAAUGCUCAAUUUAAUAUUCCAUCAGAUUUUAUUUUAAACACAACGUCUAAUUCUUCAAUUUCACUUCGAACAAAAAUAGAUCCACUUGCUUCAUUUGGAAAUUUUCAAAAUACAAAUCUUUCGAGAGCAAUUUCACUUUCAAUUAUUGAUCAAAAUGGAAAUGAAGUUUCCUUUCAAGCCCAUCAAAAUAAUCCAAUACAGUUGAUUAUUCCUCGUGAUCCAAAUCUAUUAAUUCCAUCAAUGUAUUUACAAAAUGUUACAUCAAUUAAUUCAACUAUUAAUAAUUUAUUAUUUAAUUAUCAUUAUAUUAAUAUAACAAGUUCUCUCCCGAUUUCAGUUCAUUUUGAAAUUCAUUCUUUAAAUCGAAGUCUUGCUUAUUUAUUUAUUUAUAAAUUUGAUCAAACACCACAAUUAAAUAGUACAAUUAAUCUUAUUGAUGGAUGGACAAUGUUUUGUCCUUUCAAUUUAACCAAUGAUGAUAUAUAUCGAUAUUUUAUUGAUAAUCAACAAACACCUGGUCAUCAAUCAUUAAUAUUUGGAAUAAGAGAAUUAAAUUCAACAGAAACUAAUAAUUAUUGUUUAAAUAAUUCUUCAAUAAAUACGUCUUUACCAAUCACCGAUGAAUCAAUUAAUUUUACAUCAAAUUAUGAACUUCUUAUAUAUACAUCAGGUUGUUAUUAUCUUGAUGUAAAUAAUAAUUGGAAAUCAGAUGGAUUAAUUGUUGGGUCAUUGACAAAUCUGUAUGAAACUGAAUGUCUCUCAACUCAUUUGACAUCAUUCGCUGGUGGAUUUAUUGUUUUACCUGCACCAAUUAAUUGGAGUUAUGUUUUUGCAAAUGCUGAUUUUAUGAAAAAUAAAACAGUUUAUUUAACAAUGAUAUUUACUUCGAUAAGUUAUAUUAUUUUAAUGAUUUAUGCACGUUUUAAAGAUAAGAAAGAUUUUGAAAAAUUGGGAGUAACACCAUUAGCUGAUAAUAAUAAAUCCGAUCAUUAUUAUUAUCAAAUUCUUGUUUUUACUGGUCAACGAACAAAUGCUGGAACAGAUUCAAAAGUUUAUUUUGUUUUAUCGGGUGAUAAUGAUCAAACACAAAUUCGAUUAUUUUCUGAUCCUCAUCGAAAGAUUUUUCAACGUGGUGGAAUUAAUUCUUUUAUUAUUGCUGUUCCAAAAUCAUUGGGAUUAUUGGAUUAUAUUCGUAUUUGGCAUGAUAAUUCAGGUGAAAGUUCUUCAGCAUCAUGGUAUUUAAAAUAUAUUAUUGUUCGAGAUUUACAAACUUUGGAUAAAUCUUAUUUUAUUUGUCAACAAUGGCUUGCAGUUGAAAAAGAUGAUGGACGAAUCGAACGAGUUUUACCAAUUGCUACUUAUCAUAGUGUGUCUGAUGGUCAUCUAUGGUUUUCAAUAUUUUCUCGUCCACCAUCAAAUAAAUUUACACGUGUUCAACGAUGUACUUGUUGUUUUGUUUUAUUCUUUACUUCAAUGUUAAUUAAUAUAAUGUAUUAUGAUUUAUCAAAUGAAGCGAACGCAUCAAGUGAAACACACAGUGGUGCAUUAUCAAUUGGUCCUUUUUAUAUAGCACCGCAACAGAUUGGAAUUGGUAUAAUGGUCGAAUUAUUUACAUUAAUUCCAAGUCUCUUAAUUGUACAAUUUUUUCGACGUAUUCGACCUCGUCGACAAAUUGCACCAAUACGUGAAGCAUUAUAUAAGAUGAAACCAUCUCGAAAAACUUCGGAAGAUAUCCCUGCAAUCAAGAAAAAAAAAUCUUUAAUAACAUUUCCUUGGUGGUGUUUAUUUAUUGCUUAUGGUCUUUCAUUGAUAAUUAUUGCUGUUUCAAUAUUUUUUAUCAUUGUUCGAGGAAUUGAAUUUGGUGAUGUCAAAACUCAACAAUGGUUAACAUCUGUUCUUACUGGUUUUUUCUCAUCAGUUAUUUUCACUCAACCUAUUAAAAUUAUAUGUUUGGCUAUAUUCUUCAUAUGUUUUUGUCGAAAUUCAAAAGAUGAUAAAGAAACAAGUGAAUAUAUAAAUGAAGAUGAUGAAUUUAAUAUAUCUAAUGAUGAGGAAUAUCUUCAUUCACUUGAGUAUCGCUCCAUAUUUUCUUCUCAAUCUCGAAAAAGUAUUAAUCGUCUGAAUGAAAAUGAAGUUAUUUAUGCACGUGAUCAACGUUUAAAAGAAAUUCAAAUGUGGGCAAUUAUUCGAGAAUUUAUUAUUUGUUUCAUAUUUGCCAUAUUAGUGUUUGUAAUAACUUAUUCAAGUCGUGAACAGCAUAGUUUUUCUCAAGUCAAUCAUUUACGAGCUUAUUUUCUCAAUGAAAGACAAACGACUGCUGAUUAUACUGAAAUCAAUACAAUCGAUGACUAUUGGUAUUGGUUAGAAAAUAGUUUUGUUUCAAAUAUUCGUGCACAACAAUGGUAUAAUGGAAACAUUCCACAAUAUUUAAAUGGAUUUUUAAAUGAUAAAUCCAGUCGAUUAAUUGGUUGGGCAACAAUGAGACAAUUACGUGUUAAAUCAGAAUUAUGUCUCGAUCAACGUGUUAUUUCAAUAUGUGAAGAUAGUUAUAGUUUUGCUAAUGAAGAAACACAAUUAUUUCAACCAGGCUGGACAAAUCAAACAAUAGAAGAUGAAGUCUAUAGUUCAUCGAUUAUGAACGCAUUUAACUAUUCUACGAGUGAUGAAUUAGAUACAUAUUCGUAUAUAGGUGAAUUUGGGACAUAUAGCGGAGGUGGUUAUGUCUAUGAAUUUCGUGGUCGUUUAUCUGAUAUGAAAACAAAUCUAUCUACACUUCAUCAAUUAGAUUGGAUUGAUGAGAAAACAAGAGCUGUUUUUAUUCAACUAACAUUAUAUAAUCCAAGUGUUCAAUUAUUAACUGCAAUUACUUUACUUGCUGAAUUUUUACCAACAGGUGGUAUUUAUACAACAGCCCAUUUUGAACCAAUUAAUUUCUACACAUUUACAUCAAUAUUACAAUUAGUUUGUACAAUUUUCUACAUAUUUUUUAUUAUUUAUUUUAUGAUAAUUGAAAUUCGAUUAUUAUUUGAAUUAAGAUUAAAAUAUUUUCAUCAAUUUUGGUCCAUAAUUCAAUUAGGUAUCAUUGGUUGUUCAUUGGGAAGUAUUGUAGUUUAUUUUUGGCGUUUUCAAGAAGCUAAUCGUAUAAGUCAAUUAUUUGAACAAACCAACGGAUAUGUUUAUAUCAAUUUACAACUUGCAGUUUAUGUUAAUGAUAUUUUAACAUUUCUUCUUGGUUAUUGUUGUUUUUUUUAG